AAAAACGAAUGGCUAUGUUUGAACUGCCAAACUCAGAGGCUGCUAGAAGGAAGCCUAGGAGAUCCUGCUCCAAUGCCACUGCCCACUUCAAAGCCACAGCCAACUGGAUCCCCCCGGCACCAAGGUGGAGGUCAGCAACAGAGAGGAGCCCAGCACCAUGAAACAUCAGCUGCUAAAGACAGGCAUAUUGCACAUCUCAGGACUUCAGAACAAAGCAAACUACCAAUUGCCACAGUCCAAAAAAAAAUGCCUGCUGCUCCAUCUGAAGAAAAGCCACUGCCUAAAUUAGCUGAAGAGUCUCCAAAACCUUCAGAAAGUCCAUUGUCAAAAGGGAAGAUUACAGCUUCAAAACCAGAAAGAGAUAUCAAAGAUAGCACGGUCGCAUCUGAAUCUCAAAAAACAAGAGAGCAAGAGGAAUCCAGCAAGCCUUAUCCCUCAGACGUAUCCCGCAGCCCCCAAAGCCUGAGUGACACUGGCUAUUCAUCUGAUGGGAUCUCUAGUUCCCAGAGUGAAAUCACAGGCUUAGUGCAGCAAGAAGAAGAGCAGCUUAAUGAAACAGGAAUUGUAGAGCCAAGUCCUCCCAGUCCUUCUGAACUUACUAAGCUGGAAACCAGCAUGCGUCCUCUACUGGAGUCAAAGAGCUUGACCCAUCUACCAACUGACCGUGGGAAAACAUACCAUGAAUUAAGGGAGGAGCAGAGGCAAAGACAGAGGCCACGGUCGCUUUCUAUCACUCCAGAAGCCUUUGAUUCUGAUGAGGAGCUAGAAGACAUAAUGGAAGAAGAUGAAGACUCUCUGGAAUGGGAGAAUCAGAAGGAGAAGAAGGAAAGCAUGGAGCCUUCAGAUGAUUUUGGCAGCAAGCUACACCAUGACUAUGUGGCAGAAAGUAGUGAAGUAGGAUUCUCCCCAGUACCAACUAGGCAGAAAGGCAAAGAGCCUGUAAUGACAGAUGAAGAAUUCAUGAGGAGGCAAAUCUUGGAGAUGAGUGCAGAAGAAGAUAACCUUGAGGAGGGAGAAGAAUAUGAUCAUGCAAAAUACAGCAUUGCAAAAAAUGGACACAAGCCUGAUUCUGAGAAAAGCAGAGAGGCUAUCGCAUCCAAGAGACGCCUGCCUCACAGCUCGAGCAGCAUAUAUGAGGAGGAACAAAAAGAACUGGAAAGCACUGAGAAUGAUGACAUGGCUGCAUCUCAGGGAGGUCUGCGUCGUUUCAAGACCAUUGAGUUAAAUAGCACUAACAACUAUGGCAGAGACAUGGAGUUGAGCCAGGAGGCAGACAUCAACCUGGACAGAGAACCUGAACUGGAGAUGGAGAGCCUCACAGGCUCCCCAGAAGAUAGAUCAAGAGGUGAAUAUUCCUCCACCUUACCAGCAACCACACCCAGUUAUACAUCAGGAACAUCCCCAACUUCUGUCUCUUCUCUAGAGGAAGACAGUGACAGCAGCCCAAGCCGCAGACAGAGAUUAGAAGAAGUUAAGCAGCAGAGGAAAGCCCGGCAUCGCUCUCAUGGCCCUCUACUGCCGACCAUUGAAGAUUCUUCAGAAGAAGAGGAGCUGCGUGAGGAAGAGGAGCUCUUGCGAGAACAAGAAAAAAUGCGAGAGGUAGAACAGCAGCGGAUCCGGAGCACAGCGCGCAAAACAAAAAGAGAUAAAGAAGAGCUGAGGGCCCAGAGGAGGAGAGAGAGGUCUAAAACUCCACCCAGUAACUUGUCACCUAUUGAAGAUGCGUCACCCACUGAAGAACUGCGUCAGGCUGCAGAGAUGGAGGAGCUGCACAGGUCUUCCUGUUCAGAAUAUUCGCCCUCCAUUGACUCAGAGGCAGAAGGAUUUGAUGUCAUUGCCUCCAAACUGUACAAAUCUGGCAGUGAGUACAAUCUUCCAACCUUUAUGUCCCUUUAUUCUCCAACAGAAAAAAUGGCUAGCUCUAGUUACCCAUCCAGCAAGCCCCUGAAAAGUGCAGAAGAAGCCUAUGAAGAGAUGAUGAGGAAGGCAGAAAUGUUCCAAAAGCAACAACCUUUCCAACAAGGUAUUUCCUACAACAACACCUUUCAAGAAGUAAGCUAUCGUAGUUCGGAGGGCCAAAACAAUUUUGAAUAUCAAUACAUAGAUGACUAUAGUUAUGAUAGUCGGAAUGUGGAUUCCUCACAAACUGACUAUCAGAAUGAGCUUUCCAAAUCUGGGGCACUUUAUGAAGAAAUCCUUCAAACAUCACAGAAUAUCUCCAGGAUGCAUCAGUCUUCUUCUCUGGAUUUGACACUUGAACAAGAAAUGAAGAAGAAAGGGAGAGAAGACCCCUAUCCAGAGAAACAGUUUUUGAAUGCAGAGAGUGCAUAUGAAAGUGGCCCACUCACUCCAGGAACAAGUCCUACCCAACUGUCUGCUCCUGUCUCCUUUUCACUGACUGAAAGCAGUGCAGGCAGAAUAAUCCCCGAUGUUAGAGUCACUCAGCACUUUGAAAAAGAGAGUAAUGAGCAAACCAAGUUUCAUAGUUCCUCAGCCACAGCUAGCUCAGUUCCAAAGAGUGUAGCAAUGCCUUAUUCAUAUACUAAAGGAUCCAGCACAGUCACUACCAUUGUUUCUAGUCCAGCUAGUGCACCCCGAAUUUACAGCUCUCCAACUUCAAGUGGCUCUGAUGUACCACCUGUGUCCACCACUAGCCAAAGUCAGACGAAAGUAACUGCAAGUUACGGCUCUCAAACAGAAAACGUUUCCAGGGUCAGUGGGCCAUCAGUAAGAGACAAAUACCAAGGUGCGACUGAUAGCAAGACAAAUGUACCCAUGACAACCCCCAAAAUGUAUUCUUUUUUCAAAAGUUCUAGCCCACCCCUUUCCCCUUCUUCUCCUACUCAAAGUCCUACUUAUUCUGUUCCAAGAACUGGGAUGCCCUCUAGUUCAGGGGUGGGAGCUAAAUCAACAGCUGAGUUUUCUACCCAAACACAUAGCACAAUUAUUUCAUAUGACAUUGCAACUACUGGGGUAUCAACAGCUUCUCCAAUGAUUGCUCAAGGAACACAAACUCCUCACAGAGCCAGCUCCCCACGGCUUGCUAGGCAACAGUCAUCACAAGAAGCCCCCUUUAUGGUCAUCACAUUAGCAUCUGACGCAGCUAUUCAAACAAAGCCAGUUGGUGUUAGUUCCUCCAUUUCACCACCUUCGUCUCCAACUCAGCAAGGCCGCCAGCAAACAGUACAUAGUUACAGCCAAACGGUAAUCAGUGCAGUGCAACUGCAGCAACAACAGAUGCAGGCCACUUACACCAAGGCACAGCCAAUGCUUGAAAAAGCCUCUCCUUACACUCCAGGGCAGAAAGUGCAGACCACUGCUACUGACACCAUCCCUGGUGUGUACAGCUGGGGCACACUACCUGCAGAGAAUAUUUCUUUGUGUAGGAUAUCAUCAGUCCCUGGGACAUCUAGAGUAGAACCCGGACCUAGGCCAUCUGGUAGUAGUAUUGUAGAUUUGAGGACAGCAAUAAAGUCAGUUCCAAUUAUUGUAACAGACCAGGGAAUGGAUCUCACAUCCUUAGCUGCUGAGAGCAGAAAAUAUUGCCUCACUAUGGACCAGUCACCAAGUCGGCAGUCCACAGCCAUCCAACCUCUAAUCAUUAACCUUAACGCCCAGGAGCAGCCACAUGCUAUCAUUAGCAGUGCCACUACGGUCAGCAUAACAGUUGCAUCUACUGUGCUUAUGUCUCAGUCAAAACAGCCAGCGGUCUAUGGGGACCCUUUCCAAAACAGAAUCGACUUUGGUCAAGAGACAGGAAGUCCAGUCUGUCUGACGCAAAUUAAACAGGUGGAACAAGCAGUUCAGACUGGCCCCUUCAGAGGAACCAUGAGUGGAGUUGCCACAUCUGCUUCGAUGGGCCGGCCGGAAACAGCAGGCCCGCAGCAAACAAAAUUUGCAAGAUACAAUUUGCCCAACCAAAUGACAUCCUUGAUAAAGAAAGAUACUCUGAUUACUCAGACCAGCAAUGCUCAAAAUAUUGUGAGUGCCAUUCCCAGGCAGUUUCCUCAGGAUCAAAGCUCAGAGAUAUACAGAGGGAUCCCAGUGGAGCUGAAAACUCAGACUCCUUCAGUUCCUCUUGGAAGUAAGAAGUCCCAAGUGAUGAUGGUGCAGAUGGAUGACAUAGCAGCAGGAUCUGUCACAAAACUAAUCAAAGAAGAGCCUCCUUCUAAUGCCCUGGACCUCACCGGGAUGAAGCCUGAGAGCCAAGUAGCAUGCUGUGAUGUAGUAUACAGAUUUCCAUUUGGAAGCAGCUGCACCGGGGCUUUUAAUCCGUCUCCCAAAGUGCCAGAGAAACAUGUUGGGGAAGCAGCUCCUGUUGGCAAAGCUAGUGGUCAGUAUUAUGGAACCAGAGAACAAGAAAUGCCAGAGACAUACCCUUACCGAGAGCGAUCGGUACCAGCACCUCAUCCAUAUGAAGAGCACAGAUUCCAUCCGCAUGGCUUGUUCGGAAGAUUAUAUUCAUCAAUGUCAGAUACCAAUCUUUCUGAAAUGGGUUUGAACUAUUACUCAGUUAAAGGAGAGCAGCACUUUCAUUCCCCUGCUGGAGAUUCUGCGGUGGAUUUGACAACUAUGAAGCAUUCCUAUAGCCACAGUUUUACAGAGGGAGGUAACAUAGGGCACGGGAUGCAAUAUGGCUCUUUCUCUGACCUCCGACAACCCACAGAAUUACUCAGUCAUUCAUAUCCCAUGCGAAGGUACAGCUCAGCCUCCAAUAUCUACUCUGAUUAUAGAUAUUCAUCAAGAGGGGACUUGGCCAAUUUCCAGGAAGCCAGCCUCGCUCAUUACAGUGCUACAACUGCUCGUGAAAUCAGCCGAAUGUGUGCAGCACUCAACUCCAUGGACCAAUAUGGGGGCAGACAUGCAAACAGCCCAGAUCUUCUUCAGUAUGGACAUAGUGCUCUUGGCAUUGCACCAGGAGGGACUGGAAGCAUUAUGGCUCAACAGGGUGCCAUGAAACCAAACAUGAUGUACAAUCCAAAUUUCCCAGAGUCUCGUUCUGGCUUUGGAAAUUUAGCCCAAUAUAAUCUCUCAAGGCUUGGAGCUGUCAGACAGGUACUCCCUUCCACAGCCACUGUACGAGCUGCUGAUGGCAUGAUUUAUUCAACCAUUAAUACACCGAUAGCAUCAACCCUUCCCAUCACCACCCAGCCAGUUUCUGUGCUACGGCCCAUGCUUCGAGGCCUGUACAGGCACUAUGCUCCAGGUGGUAUCACAGCUGUCCCUCUGGCUAGCCUUACCAGAGUACCCCUAGUUACUCCUAGGAUCCCCCUAGCAUCUCAAGGUCUUUAUCGCUAUCCUAUGCCCAGCAGGCUUCCAGCAGUUCCUACCGCAUCUGUAAUGGAAACACCAAUGUAUUUAGGGAAACCGCUUAGCACCACUGCAGCCAGCACUGCUGCCAGUACUGUAAGCCUAGCACCUGCUGCUAAGUCCCCUGCUCCAAGCACUGCCAGCUUGCAAAGACCUGAGCAGACAGGGGUUGGCAUGCGAGAGGAGGUGUCUGUGUCAUCUGCAGAGGUCCAGGGUCCUGGCAGGGACACCAGCCAGGCACAGCAGGAGCCACCUCCCCGAAUGCCAACCCAGAAGCAUCUGACAGAAGCCGCACAGGCCAGCGCUGCUAGCAAAGGAGCUAUGGAAAGAGAAGAAAAGGAGAAGGAGGAAGAACGGCAGAGGAAGCAACAAGAGCAUAUCCUCCAGAUUGAAAGGGAAAGAGUAGAACUGGAAAAACUGAGACAGAUGAGGCUUCAUGAGGAACUGGAAAGGGAACGGGUGGAGUUACAGAGACACAGAGAGAAAGAACAGCUCUUGAUGCACAGGGAGAUCCAGGAGCUGCAGUCCAUAAAGCACCAGGUCCUCCAGCAGCAGCAAGAGGAGCGACAGGCCCAGUUUGCCCUACAGCGGGAGCAGCUCGCCCAGCAGCGCCUGCAGUUAGAACAGAUCCAGCAGCUGCAGCAGCAACUGCAACAGCAGCUGGAGGAGCAGAAGAGGCAGAAGAGUACCUUUCCUCCAGUAUGUGACCCAGCUGGCAGGAUCCCUCCUCAGGUUACCUCUGAGAUAACUAUAGACAUGCAAAGGACCUUGGCCCCAAAUGGGCAAUACUGGCCACCCCUAAACCAAACCUUCAUUGCUACAGCAGCCCCGGGGCAAGAAGGACAAGCGCAGUCUCGCUACCCAGGACUCCAGAGGCCUCUUACAAACUCAGCCUCUGAAAUGUCCCUGCAGAUGGAAGAUCAGUGGGAAGCUGGUCGGGGGAUAAAGAAACGGAACUCUAUGCCUCGUCUUCGGGACGCAUACGAUAAGGAGCCCAGCCACGAGCCCUACAUGGUGAGAAAGAUCACAGACAGCAGCGUGCAGACAGAUGAGGAAGAUGGCGAGGAACGCUUCUAUGCAUCCCGGCGGCGCCGUCCUCGGCGCAGCACUGACUGCAGUGUUCAGACCGACGAGGAAGACAAUGCUGAGUGGGAACAGCCAGUCCGGCGCCGACGCUCCCGCUUCUCCCGCCACUCCGAGUCGAGUGCAGAAAGCAAGGCAGAUUCUUCUGCAAAAGGCACGGCCAGCAUAGCGGUCCAAACGAUCAGUGACUGUUCUGUGCAGACAGAGCCCGACCAGUUCCUCAGAGUGUCCCCUUCUAUCCACAUCACUUCCCCUGAUCCCAAGGUGGAGAUUGUGAAGUACAUUUCUGCCCCAGAGAAGACUCAGAGGGGAGAGAGUUUGGCUUGCCAGACAGAACCAGAAGUACAGCCCCAGCCAGGCAUGGCGGUCCCUCAGCUCACGGUGCCAACCACAAUCACUCCUUACUCCUCCAACAUCCAGAUGGUUAGCUCCGGUCCCCUGGAUCCCCAUUCCGUCCAACAGCAAGCACUAGCAAAGAAGAAGCCUGUUCCUCUUGAAAUUGGCUACCAGUCUCACUUACCUACAGAUUCCUUGUCUCAGCUUGUGUCCCGACAGCCCCCCAAGUCACCUCAGGUCCUCUAUUCCCCGGUUUCUCCCCUCUCCCCUCAUCGAUUGCUAGAGUCGUCCUUCGCAUCCAGUGAAAGGCUCAACAAGGCCCACGUGACUCCGCAGAAGCACUUCAUGGCCGAGUCCACCCAACGCCAGCAGACCCUGCCUCGCCCCAUCAAAACCAUCCAGAGAUCUUUAUCUGAUCCCAAGCCCAUCAGCCCCACAUCAGAAGAGUCUGCAAAAGACAGGUUUUCCUUGUAUCAGCACACACUCCUCCCCACCAGCCAGAUUUCAACCUUGCAGUCAAACACACUCAUUCGGAAAGUGAAGCGGACCCUGCCUAGCCCCCCACCAGAAGAAGCUCAGCUUCCUCUGACCAGCCAAGCUCACUCACAGAUGUACAUGCCUGGCCUCCUGCCAAAGGGUAUGGGCGGGCAGCCCAUCCAAGUGACCAAAGCCAGCCUCCUCAGAGAGCUCGACCGGGACUUGAGGCUGGUGGAGCAUGAAUCCACUAAACUGAGGAAGAAACAAGCGGAGCUGGAUGAAGAAGAGAAAGAGAUUGAUGCCAAGCUGAAGUACCUGGAACUGGGGAUCAAUCAGAGAAAGGAAUCUUUGCUGAAGGAUCGGAAUGCUCGUGAUUAUCCAUAUUUGAGAUGCCUGGGAGAAAAUCGAGAUUAUAUGUCCGACAGCGAACUAAAUAACCUUCGCCUCUCCGGCUAUGAGAGUGGCAGUCUCCUGACAAGGCCCAGCACCACCCCUUCUAACCAGUAUACAGAAUUUUCCAGCACCCAGUAUACUUCAGCAACUUCCUACGCCCCGUACCAGUACUCCUCAGUUCAGACCGCUGCACCAGGACCAGCUGCAUUCCAGCAAACAAGAUUUCAGCCUCCAUACUACCCUCCAACAAGUAGCGGUCCUGCUCAAAAUGACUUCCAGCCAAGCCAGAUGCCUGCUUACCCUUCCCAAACUACAUACCAGGCACAUAGCUUCACUCCAAGCACCGGGUAUCAGUCUGAACUGGGCCUACAGAGCCAUCAAGGCUUCUGCUCACCUUACCAAGCUCAGACCGCCUAUCCCAGUCAGACACCCUUGCAGCCUGCCCAGAGCGUGCUUUUUCAGACUCAUGCAGACACCCAUACAACCUCCCAGAAGCCACGGCAGACCUCGCUGGCUGACUUAGAGCAGAAGAUCCUGACCAAUUAUGAAGUCAUUAGCAAUCCCACCGUGGUAAUCUCUGCUGCAACCCCAGAAGUGACCUACAGCACCGCAACAGUGACCAGCAGCUACGAUCAACACAAGGCUCCAGAAGGGAGGCCAGCAGACAGGAGUAGUGCUGCACAAAGUCCUUCCACCAGCUAUUCCUCCGACUCUCUAUACACCAAUCUAGAGCAAAACAUCCCUCGGAACUAUGUGAUGAUUGAUGAUAUCAGUGAAUUAACCAAAGAGAGCAGCACAGGAGAGGGUCUGAAAGGGGAUUUGCCAUCACACAGCACCAAUGGACUGCCUAUCAAAGAAAAGAGGGAGGUAGCAGAUGUAGAUAUCUCUAGCAGGCCUUGCUGCUAUUCAAAAGGAGAAGAGGAAUCUGAAGAGGAUGCUUAUGAUCAUCACGGUCCUGACCACCGUGGGAAAAGUUAUCCUAAAAGCACAGAGAGCAAUGGGAGAGUAUCAGGUAGUUCUGGCUCUUAUUACUAUGGAGACAGUGAUUAUAGGCCAUUGUCUCGCCCAGAUAAGCAUGGAACAAGUAUGGGAGUACAGAAGCACUCUUCAAAAAAUCUGGCCCCUGCUGUCAUCUCUUCCAAGCGCAGCAAGCACAGGAAACAAGGUAUGGAGCAGAAGAUCUCCAAAUUCUCCCCUAUAGAAGAAGCCAAAGAUGUAGAAUCAGAUCUGGCCUCCUAUACAGUGACUACAUCAGUCAGUAGCAGCAGUGUAGCAUCCAGAGCAAAGAAAAUGCAAGAUGAUAUCACUUAUGGCCUAAAGAAAAAUGUAUAUGAACAGCAGAAAUACUAUGGUGUAUCCAGCAGAGAUGGGAUGGAAGAAGAUGACAGAGCUUAUAGUGGUGGGCGAUCAAGAUCCUCUGGAUAUGUAUCAGAAAAACUGUCAAGUCGUGAAGUUAGAAGCAGGUCUUAUGAAAGAGAGAGCAUAGAGAGGCCUCAGAAAGGAAGCUCAAAGCCUUCCUCCCUUAGUAUGAGUCAGAGUCGCGGGCGACCUCCAAUUCGCACACAAACUUCAGAAGAAGAAAGUCCUAUCAGUCCUUUGGGGAAAUCCAUGGGUGUAUCACGGUCCUCAGGUGGACCUCUUCCUCAAUCUGCUGGAGACAGUUGCUCCCAGUUUUGCUCUAGUCACUCAUUGCCUGAUGUACAAGAACAUAUUAAAGAUGUGCCAAGAACCCACUCUUAUAAACAUGACGAAGGCUACAUCGUGGAUGAUUCACACUGUGUUGUUUCAGACAGUGAAGCCUACCACUUGGGCCAGGAGGAGACGGACUGGUUUGAUAAACCAAGAGAACCUCGUUCAGAGAGGAUGAGGCAUUAUGGUGGCCAUUCUUCAUCCUCUCAGAAGAGAGGUCCAAUUAAACACACCUAUCAUGAUUAUGAUGAGCCCCCAGAUGAAGACUUGUGGCAUCAUGAUGACUAUUCCCACCCACGUCAUUCUUCUUCCAAAGAUCACAAGCAUCAUGGAGAUUAUGGGCGACAUGCAUCCUCCUCCCGCCACUCCAGCGAUGACCUGCCCAAGAGAUCAUCCAGGCAACACCCAAGAGAUCCAGGCCGCCAUGAAUCACGUGGACAUGGACAGCCCACUUCCCAGAAGAAGGCUCAGCAAACAGAUACGAGAACACAGCAAGGUUAUCCUUCCAGCUCCUCAGAGUAUCCCCAGCAGUCCCGACAGCCAUCUGGCUAUCAUCAUACCUCAGAGUCCCAAAAAUCCCAGAGGCAGAUGCAACAUGGGCUGCCACCUCAGCAGCCAAAAUCUGAGCCUCUGUCUCACCAACAGCAGCAGCAGCAAAAGCAGCAGCAGCAGCAGCAACAGCAGCAGCAGCAACAGCAACCCAGGCAGCAGCAAGCUGGGCAGCAGCAACCAUCAUCUAGACAGCAGCAACCACCAAGCAGACAACCUCAGCAACAGCAUCAAGCAGGCCCUUCUCAUCAACAGCCCCAGCAGGUUAGGAUACAGCAGCAACAACCACAGCAGCAGCAGCAGCAGCAGCAGCAGCAGCAGCCACCACCGCCACCACUGGGGACCCAAGCCCAACCUUCCUUGCGGCCAGCCCAACAGCAGCCUGGUCAGCCUCAGCCAACAGGCAAACCCCAGCCAACUGCCCAAGCACAACCUAGCACUCACCAAACAGGACCAGCUAAAGCAGAACAGCCGGAUGUAUCCAAGCCUACCACAAAAGUGCCACAGGUGGGGAAAGCACCCCAGACACAACCACAGGGGACAGUCGGAGGCAUUAAAUUGGGUCCCAAACCAACAGGAGCAUCCUUAUCUACAGGAGCAGCAGCUGGACAGCCAGGAGCAGAGGGUGAAAGUGUCUUAUCCAAAAUCCUGCCAGGAGGGGCCGCAGAACAAGCAGGCAAAUUGACAGAAGCCGUGUCAGCUUUUGGCAAGAAAUUCACAUCGUUUUGGUGAGAGUACAACACUCGGCGUUUGGGGAAAUAAGUGAAAUCUCAUCAUGGCACUGGAAAAACCUAUGAAGAAUUCAUUGGAAUUCAUUUGCCGCUCUGGACUCUGGGUAUAAUACUUUUGAAACCAUGGAAAACC